AUGGCUCGCCUUGUCCUUCAUAGACAAUCUCCCAUUGCUGCCACCAUCAACGUUACCAAACGAUGGUCAACUAGCCUUGGUAUCUGGGGAGCUAGUGCUGGUGCCGCUGCUUUACUUCUUUUGUCGGUGACGCCCCUUGUCCGCCGUGAGGUCUUGGAAAAGGUCCCUGUGUUGGGUUCAUACUAUGAGGACAAAACUCCAGCUUCCGACAAAUCCGUUUAA